UUUGUUUAUAAAACAGUGACCCCCAGUUAGCCUGCACCAUCUACUAGCUAGUAGAAUGGCAUCAACUAUAUUGCAACGAAAGAGAGCCGGAGAGGAUGCCGUUGUCAUCGUGGGAGCCGGAAUCGCCGGACUCGCCGUGGCUCUCGGGCUGCACAGGAAAGGGGUGAAGUGCACGGUGCUAGAGUCGUCGCCGGAGCUCAGGGCGUCGGGGUUCGCCAUCGCGACGUGGAGGAAUGCGUUGCAAGCGCUUGACGCCCUUGGGGUAGGCGACAAGAUCAGGAAGUGUCAUCUGCAUCUUCAGGAGAGGUUGUAUUCUCUGGAGGCAAAUUUCCAUCUCCAUAUCUUAGACCUUAAUUUUUCACAUCACAGGUUGCAUGUCUUCUCUUCGUUCACCGGAGAGAUGGCACAUGCAACGUCUCUCAAUGAGCAGGGGAAACGAUGCAGAGGACCCAACGAAAUGCUCUGCGUCAGGCGGGACUGGCUACUGCGAGCACUGGAGGAAGAGCUACCAGAAGGCACCAUCCGCUACUCCUCCAAGAUCGUUGAAAUCGAAGAGGACGGCGACGCCAAGAUCCUACACCUAGCCGACGGCGCAAUUCUCCGAGCAAAGGUAGUGAUCGGUUGCGACGGGGUCAAUUCCGUGGUGGCAAAAUGGCUGGGGCUCGCAAAGCCGUCCUACUCGGGGCGCUUGGCUACGAGAGGCCUCGCGUGUUACCCUGGCGGCCACGGCUUCGAUCCCAAGUUCAAGAUGUUCUUCGGCCAUGGCUUUCGUCUCGGCGUGAUCCCCUGCAACGAUACUGAUGUCUACUGGUUCUUCACCUGGUCUCCUUCUGAGCACGAUGAUGAUGCUCUCGCCAAGAAUAAGAAGUUCGUUCUGACCAAGCUGAAUAGCGCGGAGAUCCCAGCCGAGGUGCUCGAGAUCAUCGAGAGGAGCGAGGCGAAGGACGUGCUCACCGCGCCGCUGCGUUUCCGGCCGCCGCUCUCGCUGCUGCUGGCGAGCAUCAGCAAGGGGAACGUGUGCGUCGCCGGCGACGCGCUGCACCCGAUGACGCCCGACCUGGGGCAGGGCGGCUGCGCGGCGCUGGAGGACGGCGUCGUGCUGGCGAGAUGCCUCGGCGACGCCAUCCUCGGCGGCGGCGGCGGCGGUGCGGAGAGCGAGAGGAUCGAGGCGGGUCUGCGUGAGUACGCGAGGAUCCGGCGGUGGAGGAGCGCCGAGCUCAUCGGGACAGCCUACGCGGUCGGCUUCAUGCAGGAGAGCAGCAAUGCGGUCAUCAGCUUUCUGCGUGACAAUUGGUUGGCCGGAGCGCUGGUGAGAAAGCUUCUGAAAAUGGCGGACUAUGACUGUGGCAAGCUCUAAAAUGUGAAUGGUUAUUGGCCUUCUGUACCGGGAUCCUUUUACAGUGGUCUCUACUCUCUAGACUCUCUACUCGUAAUACACUAUUAUUGUAUUAUCAUUAGUACAAGUGACCAACUAUUGAUUUAUGAAUUCUGCUUCUAAUAAAAAAAUAUUUUGCUAUCA